ACAUAAUUUAUAGAUUUCAACGCAUAAAAAAGUCAUAAAAUUUACAAUGUUGCUUUCAACAAAAACACAUUCAGCCUGUGCCUGUGCCUGUGCCUGCGCCUGGGCCUGGCCAUAGCCGAUUCUUUUGAUGCCUUAUUUUUAUGAGCAAAGACAUCAAUUUUCGCACAGUUUGCCUAGCGGCAGCAACUACUACAGCGGCCACAUAUUCUUCUUUUUUUUUUUUGUAUAUAUAUAUUUCUCUAUCUCUUCAAUUCUUCUCCAGCGAUAAAUCCUCGCACUCAACAAAAUACAUAAACGAUUUAUAGUUGCACAAACGGCACAAAACGCAACAGUAGCAACAACAAUGCCAACCAGCACUAGGAACAGGGGAACUGAAGCUGGGAACGAAACAAGUUUUCCUUGCUACCAAAUCCCAGCGCAACAUAAAUCUUUAAUGGAAUAUCUUGGCACCAACUGGCUGAAUUGCGCGAGGGCUGCCCAAUGGAUCAACAAAACAAGAUAUUGAUUUGCUUAUUAUUGUCUAAAGCAGAACUACAAAAAAAAAACUAUAAAAAUAAUAGACUUUAUUGCAGUUUUACGAUUCGAAAUGUUCCAAGCCGAUAAAUGGGAGAGUGAAAUGUUUAAAACAUUGGCAAAGUCGUGUACAACAACUCGUCGGACUUGUUGAAACUUUAAAAGUUGAAAUUCUACUGUCAGUAGGUUGAGGAGUUCUAAAGAGAACUAGAAUGUCGAUGUUUAAUUAAUUUUGAACCAAAGCUGGCAACCAACUCGAUGUUUAAACCAAAGCAGAAGGCUCUUCAUUUAAAAAUAGAGUGAAUGAAUGACAGAGGAGACAUUUAUAAAUGCAAAUAAACAUCAAACCAUGCCAAUAAGGGUAAAGCUGACUAUUAUAAUUUACGAGUUGCGCUCAACAGAACCAUGUAUUGAAAUCGAUAUUUAUCGAUAUCGAUAGCAGAAAUCAAUAUCGAUGCAAAAUCCUUUGAACUAUCAAAAAUAAAAACGGACUAAGCAGGCCGAGAGAAUAAAGCGUUCAAUCAAGAGUUAUGUAAAUGCGGCUCCGAAAUUCUUUAAACUAAUAACUGAAUAUUAAAUUUGAAGAAGAAAUCAGCCGCAGCAGGACUAAGAUAACAACAACCAAAGGCGAAAAGUGAAGAGAAAUGCCUGAACAAACUGAGAACGAGGACGAUAAGCCACCAUAUGCAUUUUUCUUUGGUGGCAUGGGCGCCGCAUCGGCCAUCAUAUUCUCAUCCCUGGGCGCAGCAUAUGGCACCGCGAAGUCCGGCACGGGCAUCGCCGCCAUGGCUGUGAUGCGGCCGGAGCUAAUCAUGAAGUCCAUCAUACCCGUUGUCAUGGCUGGCAUUAUAGCCAUCUAUGGCCUGGUCGUCUCGGUGCUAAUUGCCGGCUCGCUGUCACCCGAAUAUACCAUACGGAAGGGUUACAUUCAUCUGGCUGCCGGCUUAUCUGUGGGCUUUGCCGGACUGUCGGCGGGCUUUGCCAUUGGCAUUGUUGGCGAUGCCGGUGUACGUGGAACAGCCCAGCAGCCGCGUCUAUUCGUUGGCAUGAUCCUAAUACUGAUCUUUGCCGAGGUGCUGGGCCUGUACGGCCUAAUUGUGGCCAUCUAUUUGUACACCAAAUAAUUUGCGUUGUAUUAAAUAUGAUGUGGCAAUUACAAAAAGAG